AUGGCGUCGAUUAAUAGUGUCAGGACAUUUGACCAUGUGGCUUUCAAGGAGUGGAACACGCAAGAUGGUCUGUUGAUUCUGAACGAUGAAGGCUUUAUCUACCAGGCAUCUGGAGAAGAAGAUGACGAAGGCCUCAAGAUGAGCAAGUCCUGGUCGCAGGUGGAUUCUUCUCCCAUGCUGAAUCGAGGAUCAGUGUCAUCCGGCAAACACUUGCUAAAGAUAACCAUACAAGGCGAUGCCUUUGUGUUUCAGAUGCCCAGUAGGGAGUCUUCCGAGCGAGUCAAAGAAGAGAUUAAUGCUCGCAGAAGAGCGUUCAAGUAUGGAGGUGCCAGCGAAACCAUGGAAACCGAUGACGAUAGUGAAGGAACUACCAGAUAUGCCCCCGUGAGCUUUAGAGGGCACGAUGGAGGGUGUCUAAAGUUGACGGAUGAAGCUUCCCAGGAAAAAGCUCUUCUCCGCAUUGUCGACUCCAGGCGAUACACUUAUAUUUUCCAAAUGACGGAUAGGAAGGUCCUGCAACGAAUCAGAAAAGAUAUUAUAGAUAGACGACAAGCUGCACGUCAAACACCCAAGGAUGAAAACGACAAAUGGCCGGUAGACAGUCGACGACAAUACACUCAACUGAGGGCGACCAGUCCUGGAGCCAAUAAACGCCACGGGCCCAAUCGGAUCAAAUACGAUGCCGUGAAACCAGGCUUUGGCUCGUUUCCACGCACCGUGGGGCCUGCUGCCGAUUUGCGCGAGUUGGAGUACAUCUCGUGCCUCCACCAGAACGCGGAACUGCUGUUACGAUCGGAUGGGACCAUUUCUUCGGAAGAUAUCGCCCCAUAUCUGUCGUCGCGAUACGGAGUGAUUAUCACUGACGAGCAAGCAAUCGACAUUGCAUGCAACCUCUGUGGGGCAAAGACACGAAACGAGUUUUCUGCGGAAAUGGACGCCCACAAUGAUGCCCUCCGACACCCGGAACAGAAGCAGGAGGAAGAGAAGGAAACGCAAGACGAUGAUUCAGCAGAAUACGAGGAGGAGAAGUAUUAUUUUGACAUUGUGCAAUUGGCGUCGCUACUCGUAAUUCCAGAGUUGGUUCAAAUAGCAGAGCAGCACAAGAGGCAAGCCGGCUCGAACGUAUUUGAUACUAGUGAACCAGUAAGCUUCCGGUUUGACGAUGUGGAUGAACUGGCUCCAACCGCUCCUGCCGUAAUCCAACUCGCUCGAGACUCCUUGUUGGAGAUCUUUGAUGAAGAUCUGAAAAACGACCUCUGUCGAGGACGCCCGCUGGAUGCAGAGUUGCUUUCAGUAAUGCUCGAAUCUUUUGGCGAUGUCGACAGUGCGGAGAAUCCAUCGUUGAUAGAGGAAAUGUUGGAAUGCCUUGACCCGGAGAGUCGGUCCUUGUCUGCUGAGAAUCUGAUGGUGGCACUUACCAAUGAUGUACGCUCACACUCAAAGCAGGCACAAGGAGGCGAGACGAAACCCAAGAUGACAUCAGUUUUCUUUGAUUGCUUUGGCUGGAACUGGGAUGAUAGACAACAAAAGAAGGCUGCCCAGAAAGACGGAACCUUGAACUUGGAUGAAACCGCAACUUUCAUUGAUUAUGCAGCUGACACCUAUCGCUCGCUGGUUCAUAAUACUGCAGUUUGGUGUCUUUUCAUCUUGACGACAUUGAUCUACUUGAACUUCUUCCGAACUUUGGUUCAGUCCAACUGGAAAGAUCCAGUGUGUGGUCCAGAUAAGAAUUAUGGGUGCACGGUUGGAAACAAAAUUGUUGAAUGGAUAAUUAAUGCCAUAUUCUGUGGCUGCUAUGGCGUGUUCUUUAUUCUGCCUACAAGCAUCGGAAACGUUACAGGUCAGAAGGCCUUGCUUUUUCUUACGCUCUUGGUAACAGCAUCCUUCACAUUUGCUCCAUUCGCUACUUUGAUAUGGUACGAAAAGGGGAUUCCAUACAAUGUGACAUACGACUAUGAUUAUCGAGUCAUUUGUCCAUUCGACUUCAAUCAAACGGAAGCGAAACUCUGGAUGAAUGAUCCAACAACUGAUCCAACACAAAAUUACCUCGUUCUCGACUCUGCUUGCCAUUCAGCCGUAGAAUGGUGCGAGGAGCAUCCAGAGGUUCAGGGCAAAUACCUUGACGAAUAUCCAUCGACGCUAUCUUAUGACGAAUUCGAGAAGUGCUACACAUUCUUCACCGAAAAGGCAUACCCGGAAUACGGUUUGUGGGUCACGACGGGCAACGAAUGUGACCCAGAUGAUUUCUUCAACUCAACGUGUCCCGACUUUGGCGCCUGUGCUCGUCGUGAUAUGGCCGCCGACUCUCCAUACAUUUGCUGUCACAGUGGUACAAGUGCUUUCUACGAUAAGCCAGACUUUACGUUCGAUAGUGUCUGUGAUAUGCAACCACCUGGGUCGGCUUGCCAAGAUGGCCUCAUGUGCGAAAGCUACGUCUGCUCCGACACCGACAAAGUCUGCGUUUCUGCUCCACAGGAUCCAAACAACAAUACGAAGCAGCUUGGAGAGGCUUGCAACAGGUCCAAUCUUGUCUGUCAGUCAGGCUUUUGCUGGAACGGUACCUGUCAGCCGCAACCGACAAUUUGCCCUUUAGACGGCGUGGAAGUGCUGGGCGGCUUGCGUAUUGAUCCAUUCUGUCGGACGCUGGACGAUUGGUGCAAUAUCAACAACGUUGAGACUUUGCAAUUGGGCCUGGGUCAGUGGGGGCUGGUCGACUUCACAAAGGACAUAUGCAGGGGAGUCCUUGACGUAUUCAUCGGGUUCGAACUUGUGCGAGAGUUGAAUGAGUCAGAGGCUGAGCUAGGCUACACCUAUGAAACGCUGCACCUAAAUCCGGCUGAAGAGGUCCUCCUGGACGAUUGGACAUAUUUUAUUCUCAUCUCUAUCCCCAUUGUUGGUUUCUUUGCUCUCAUGGCAAUUCUUCGUGGUCUCCUAUUGAAAGACACAAACGCCCGUCCAAGAGAUUACAAGAUAAAGUGCGCCGCAUCAUCUAAGAUUGGCAACUUGAUCGAAAAUGCUUUGAAUAUGCGAUCAGUCUCAGCGGGCCGGGGACAAGUCAUGAGAAACUACUUUCUCCACGGAGAGGAAGUCGUGGAAGUUGGCGGUCUAUUCUAUACUCUUGGGCUCUUGCGGUCUGGGAAGUUGGUCUCCUCUGAAGGAAUAAGAUUCUCCGGCAGAAUUUUUGUGGGCCAAGUUGUGCAAAUCAUUGUUACAGUUAUUGGCAUUGCCUACGCUGUCGGCUGGGUGAAGUACGGAGCGCAAGUCGUAGAUGAUAUACGUCAAGAUUUAGAUCAAAACUACACUCCCGAGGAGGUAAAGAACAUCUCCAAUUAUGAAUGGGUGACCUAUACACAGGACGACCUCAGAACCUCGGAACAAGAAGAAACACUCUUGGACUUAUGGCCCGAGAGUUGGAUGGUCGAAGUUGCUGGGUAUCCCGCCGUCGCACUUGGAACCCUUGUAGCUUUGUUUUGUAUCAUUAUCUAUAUACCUUCCUAUACAAGCACAGUGAUCAAACUCCGCAGUGGCAUGAUUCCCAGCCUCCACGACCCCAACUUUAUGGCCUACAGGAUAGCAGGCGAUAACGUCGUCCAGAACAUAGGCAACAUGGUGUUCUCUUUGAUGGGGGCUUCAGUAUUCCUCGCGUUGCUCGUCUUCGGGUUGAUUUUUGUAUUCGCGUGGCCCCAAACCCGAGGAAGGGCGUUGGGCUUCCUAGCCAUCGCGAUUGGUAUUAUUUGCACGAUUAUUAUCAAAGUGGUUGGACAGAAGCUUCUGAGAGCACGAAACUUCAGCACAUUCUACCGAAAGCGUCCUCUGGCAGCCAACGCGGCCAAUCUUUUUUUCGAAUGUUGGUACAUCGGCACUGGAUUGCUGGUGGUGGUAUCACGACUCGUAAUUUUUCUCGUGACCGCAGCACUCUACUUGGGUAGGAUCGACACAGCAUUUUUUCAUCCUGACGUCAAAGUCGUUGGGAAGAACCUCGACAAGAUUCCAGAGGGCUUCCGGCGAGAUUUGCUGGUCCAUGAAGCCCACUUACACCCUUACAUUGAGCGAUUGGGGAGCAUGUACUUGCACCGUAUUCGCGACGGUGACAAGUUCGGAAGCAAAGCCGGUACUGCUUGGAGAUGUCUGUUUAUCAGUGCCUUGAUCCCUUGGAUUGUGCGCCACCGAGUCAACACGAACGAUGUGAUGUCCGGUCUGAGCGAGAAACUAUAA